AUGGCAGAACAAAAAUCCACAGCAGGCCAGCGCCUUACACAGAUCAAGGACUUCCUCACCAUGAAUAAAACUGCGACCACAAUCCCUUGGGAUCCGAACAGCACCAAGUUUCCCAUGAGGAAAGAGCUGCCAAAGAUACCGGGAGCACCAGAUGACGCUGCAUGGGUGUGGGGUAAUGAUGACAACAUCGGACGUUUGAACCUGCUUACGCCCUCGCGCGUAGCUGCUGCUGCGAAAGAGAUUCGGACUGGCGAGAUUGUUCCUGUGAACCUGCCACUCAAUGUGCCAAACCAACCGGCUUUUGGUCGGGAAAUCUUCAAGCACGAGAUCAAAGUGCUCGCCGAGAACCUGGCCUACGAUGACAUCUACCACCUAAACACGCAAAGUGGCACACAAUGGGACGGCUUCCGCCACUUCGCCCAUAUGGCUACCGGCAACUUCUAUAACGGCGCCAAAGGCUCCGACAUUGUCGGUCCCUCCGCCAACGAGAAAUGCUCCAUCCACCACUGGGCCGACCACGGCAUCGCGGGCCGCGCCGUCCUCCUCGACUACCGUGCCUACGCCCGCUCCAAAGGCAUCACCUACGACCCGUUCGACCACCACGCUAUCACCUACGCGCAGCUCGCGGCCUGUGGCAAGGAGCAGGGUAUCGACAUUCGUCCUGCUGCGCAAGGCGGCGAUAUCCACAUCGGCGACAUCCUGCUCAUUCGCAGCGGCUGGAAAGAAGCCUACGACAGCAAGACCCCCGAGGAGCGCAGCAAGGCGGCGCUGCGCACGCACGAGCCUGGGAACGAUGGACAGCGGUGGACGGGUGUAGCGCAAGAGGAGGAGAUUCUCGACUGGCUGCACGACAGCUACUUCGCUGCAGUGGGCGGCGAUGCGCCGGCAUUCGAGGCGUGGCCCACGGAGAAGCCGUGGCAUGUGCAUGAGUACGUUCUUGCGCUAUGGGGAAUGCCGCUCGGGGAGAUGCUGGAUUUGGAGCGGCUUGCGGAGAAAUGUAGGGAGAGAGGGAGGUGGACGUUUUUCUUUACGAGUGCGCCGGCGAACGUGCCUGGUGGGGUUAGUUCGCAUGUCAACGGCACUGCGAUAUUCUGA